GGGGGCGCGGCCGUGCGGAGGGCUCUCGUCUCCCAACCCGGAGUCAGCUGCCAUGCCUGCCCGCUGCGUGGCCGCCCACUGCGGCAACACCACCACGUCCGGGAAGUCGCUGUUCCGCUUCCCCAAGGACCGGGCCGUGCGGCUGUUGUGGGGCCGCUUCGUGCGGGGCCGCCGCGCCGACUGGUACGAGGGCAAUGACAUCUCGGUCAUCUGCUCCGACCACUUUGCUCCCGCCUGUUUUGACGUCUCUUCGGUUAUCCAGAAGAACCUGCGCUUCUCCCAGCGCCUGAGGUUCGUGGCGGGCGCCGUGCCCACCCUGCACCGGGUGUCCUCCCCGGCACCUAAGGGGCAAGAAGAGGGAGACGGGGCGGGCGGCCCCGAGCAGGGAGGCGAGCCCCAGGCAGUCAGGCAGCCCGAGGCUGCCCCGGGGCCAGCCUGCUGUACACUCCUCCGGGCCAGGAAGAGGGCUGCGGCUUCACAGAUUGCACAUGAAAAUCAAGUUAUACAAACACAAGUCCAUGCUGAUAAUCUAUCUAAUGAUGUCACUUCAGUACCUACUCACUGUGAGGAAGGCCCAGUGCACAAAAGUGCACAAAUAUCUCUGAAGAGACCCCCUCACUACAGUGUGGGUAUUCAGACCAAAGUGAAAGUGUUUGGAACACAACUAUGUAAUGCAACUACUCAGACUGAUGAAUUGUGGUCUAGAACGUCCUCUCUCUUUGACACUUAACUCCAGUGACUCAGAAACAGAUGAGGACUGGGAUAUCAAGAGUGAACAGAGUGAUUUGUCUUACAUAGCUGUACAGGUAAAAGAAGAGACCUGUUAACGCAACAUCAAAUGAUUUGAUGUGCUCUAGGUUUUCAAAUCUUUGCUCACAUAAUUAUCUCUUUGCUCUUGUAAAUCUUUCACCUCAAGAUAACUUGACAGUUGAGUAUGCAGAAUUUGUUUAGCUCUAAGGGAAAAAUUUGCCUGUCUGCCAAGAUAAUAAAGGUAGUCCCGCCUACACCUCCCCACCCCCCACUUCCACCUUUUUUUCUUUUUUCUUUUUAUACUUUUGGUGCAAAUCAAGUCAUAAAACAAAACCACAAUAGCAGCAUUGCCAGAUCAAGAUUAAGCAUUGACUGUUUAAGCUUAGUUCAGAAGCAACGCUCAUAUGGGACUUACUUGACAUUCACGAGUUAGAAUGUCACUGUUCUAAAUAAUUUGAAGAUGAAGAGCAUACCAGUGAGCACAGCUAGGUCUGAUACUACUAAAUGAUUUGAGGGUAGAACCAGGACAUUUACCCUUGAUUAUUAUUUUCUAUGUUAUUUAUUUUUUAGUCUGUUCAGUUGUAAUACUAUUACAUCUAUGAAUCAGUUCCUGUGAGCAUUUCUGGUGAAGCUAUGUCAUUUACAGAAAAAUUUCAAAGGGAAUCAAUUUAAAUAGAGAUAGAAUUUCAUAUACUUAGAUUACCUUGAUAAUGAAAUCCGUUUGCAUCAGUUCCCAUUACAUCAAAUUAAUUAGUUUGAUUAAUUUAGAUAGAAAUUAUUAACAUCAUGCAAAAAGAAGUAUUUCAUUUCUAACAUAUCCCCAUUUUAGAAAUUAGGUUUUCCUCUACCAGUACCACUUUGGGAAAUAAGCAUGUGAAACUUAGCUGCCCCAUCUGCCAUUCACCAGGAAAAUUUCUAUGGCAGUUUUGUACCAUGAAGUAAUUUAUUACAGUAGUUUCUGAGAAACUUAUUAUAACUCUGAUCUUGUAUUGAAAAUAAUAAAAAUAAAUGUCCAUUUUACAUCUCACAUGUCCUGUUAGUUCUGCAUGAUUGGAAGAACUUGCAUGCAUUUUAUCCUCAAAGGUUUAAAUAAUACACCAAAGUGAUUUUCUUCCGAAGCUAAUUUCAUGUCUGACUUAAUUUGAACAGUAUAAUUUUAAUUAAAAAUACAAUAAAAUAAAGUAUUAAUAGAAGGUGUAAGCCUGAACAAUGAUUACGUAAACACAUAGCAUUAUUAUUAUUAUGAUGAUUGCUGGUUUGGCUUGAAUUUAAGAUAACUAUUUAAUGUUUUAAGAGAAUGUUGUGUUUUAAAAUUAAGCAUAUAAAUCUUCUGGAACUAAAUAUUAUCGGGGGGGGGGGGUACCUGUUUUCCCUUGAGCUUUGAAACAGUGUAUCUCCUUAAUUCAAAUCAUAAUGAAUGUUAUAUGCCCAUUCAUCCCCAAAUUUCACUGCCAUGGGUUUACUUCAUUUCUAUAUGUUAAACAACUUUGACAGCCAUAACAGCACUUUGUGUUCUUUUUUUACUAAUAAGUUAAUUUUAUUUUUCCUAUCAAUUGAAAAUUUAGAUUUGGUUGGUUGAUUCAGAUGAUUUUAUAAUGAAUUAUAUAAUGUUUCACUGCCCUAAAGUAAAAUGAAACACUGGCUUUAUUUUAUUUUAUCUAUUUUUUUUAACAUGUCAAUGCUUUUUUCCCAGUUUUAUUGAGAUAUAAUUGGCAUAUAGCACUGUAUAAGUUUAAGGUGUAAAGCAUAAUGUUUGACAUAUGUAUCAUGAAAUGUUUACCACAUUAAGUUUAGUGACUGUCCAUCAGCUCAUAUAGAUAUAAAAUUAAAGAAAUAGAAAAAAAUUUUUUCCUUGU